AUGACUCGUAACGCUCCAGAGAAAACCAAGAACGUAGAGAACUAUUUUUCUAACCCUUCAAGACAUGUGCAAAAUGCAGUACUUGAGGAAAACACAGAAGCAGAUCCAAGGCCAUCAAUAACUUAUUUAUUCUGGCAUGCAAAGCAUUUUCAGCACUUUCAUUACCUUUACAAUCUAGCCAGAGAUUGCCAGAAUCGCGUUGAAAAGCUGAAACAAAGCAAGGAUCUGGCAAUCCGAAUGCCUGAAGAUGUUUUUAUCAAAAUAGGGAUAGUUGGAAAUUUUACAAAAGACAAUGUGAAACUUAUAUCGAAAAGAUCAGGGAAAAGUAAGGUGUCAGAAGACCAACACAUAUGGAAGGCACUUCCACUUGUUUGCUUUCUAAACGAUACAUCCAAACAAUCUCUAUUAAAGAAAAAUGUAAUGCGUCAAGGGAAAGCAAGUCACAAGAUCAUCAUCAAAUCUGACAACUUUUGUGAUAAAACGGACAAAGCAGACGAUUUAAUUUUCAGCGUAGGUCAAGACAAAGAUCAAAUCGAAGAAAUCAUCACCUCUUGCAUAGAGGAACCGCUUCAACACAUGCUACAAAAAUGGUUGGAAGAUCUUAAGCUUGAUCAUCUAAGGAGAAAUGCAUUAGAUAUUAUUGCAGAAAUAGAGGCUAUUAGUAAAAAGUUGGUGUCUAAUUACAGUAAAGACACAGAGGUAGAUUUCAAUAUACCGAGUACUAAAACGGAAACAGUUGUUCCUGGCAAUGUGAAGGAUUACUUGUUUGGAAGAUCUGAUGUCAACUCAUUUGGUUUAUGGAGAAAUUCCUUAUUCAAGGUAUUUGUUGAGAGGGCGACCAAUGUAAAAGAGCUGAAGGAUGAGUUGAUAAUGUUAAACAAAAAUUUCUUUCAAAAAUAUCAGCUAGAAGUAGAAAUGAAAAUUUGGGCAGAAAUGCAAACUAUGAUGCAGGGAGAUCCUAUUCAAUCUAAAGAUCAAGCAACAGGAACCUUGGGAGGGUUUGUUACAAAAACAAACAAUGAUCAGAAAAUAUAUGCAUUGACUUGCAACCAUUUAUUUCCAAAAGAAAAUGAAAGGGCUUACACUCAUGAUUUCGAAGAAAUCGGUGCCUGUGUGUUCACAACCAGGGACAAAGGGUGUGAUUUUGCUGCUAUUGAGAUAAAGGAGUCUUAUUCAGAUUCAUGCGACGUGGCCUUCAGAAGAGAUGACAAAAAGAAAACCAAUGCAAAUGUUUAUUCCGACAGUUUAGAGAAUAUCACCAUUGUACAUAAAAUAGGAGCGACAACGGGUGUGACCAAUGGAAGAAUUGUUAGUCCUGAGUUUUAUUUAAAAGUAACAGAAGACUCUACUAGGGAAAAUGUUUUUCUCGUAAAAGGUACUACCGAACAGUUUUCCGUAAGGGGGGAUAGUGGAUCAUUGGUAUUUUCCAGACCAAAUAGUGUAAAACAAAACUACGUUGAUGUCGUUGGUGUGGUUUACGCCAAUGAUCUUAUAUUGUACGAUAAUGAUGACGAAGACGACGACGCUGAAGAAAAAAACAAAAUAAAGUCAAAAUGUCCUGAAGGUUCUCGGGAAGAGGGUACCUAUAACAAUGAAGUAAACGCUGAAAAUAAACCAAGCUCGAGCGAAUGCGAUAACCAAAAUAAAGACAAUAAUACAGCGUCUGGUAUUAGCCAAGAUACAAAUGGUAUCUCGUUUUGCUGUCGCAUACAUGCAGCUCUUAAACUUUUUGAAGAAAAUCAGGACGAUGAUUUCAAGUUAAAAUUUAAAAACGACUUAUCAUCAUCCUCGCCUGUAUCAUCGUCGUCGUCAGAAUCUGAAGACUAAAUGAAUAAAACAGUUGGUAAAUUUACAAAAGAUGUUUGGUUGUUAGUUGAGGUGAUAUGAAAUGAUAUUGCAGGAAGAUCUUGGCAUGUUCGAAUUAAUUUUUGUGAAUAAUUGUAGCUAUUAGAUAGAAAAAACCUUUCAAAAGAUCUGUAAAUACUAAAUAUUGUUUACGAGGUCAGGUUAUAUCAUGUGACAUUUGUGUGUAUGCUUUAUCAUUUGUUUUAUAUUUUUUCAUUGAUUUUUAUUUUUUUUAAUUCA